AUGGCGGACUCCUCAUCCUCCUCCGGAAAAUUCAAAUCAAAAUGGGGAGUUUCGCCUUCAGAUGUUUUCUACCAUUUUGGCACGAGCGGCAUGUCUGUUGCGUCUGCGACGGGCGUCACUCAUCCUUUAGACGUUCUCAAAGUGAGGCUGCAAAUGCAACUCGUCGGCCAAAGAGGUCCGCUGAUCGGCAUGGGGAAACUCUCUAUGCAAGUAGUGAAAAAUGAAGGGCUAAAGUCCUUGUAUCUAGGAUUGACUCCUUCGUUAAUAAGGUCAGUUCUCUACGGAGGUCUUCGUUUAGGAUUAUAUGAACCCUCGAAAUAUGUCUGUGAAUUGGCUUUUGAGUCGACCAAUGUCUUGAUGAAGAUUGCAUCCGGAGCCUUUUCAGGCGCCUUUGCCACUGCCUUGACUAAUCCGGUGGAGGUUUUGAAGGUUAGGCUACAAAUGAAUAUGAAAAUGGGUGGUGGAUCAGUCCAAGAGCUCGUGAGAAUUUCCUCAGACGAGGGAAUUGGGGCCCUCUGGAAAGGGGUUGGGCCUGCAAUGGCAAGAGCUGCUAUAUUGACUGCUUCACAAUUAGCAACAUACGAUGAAUCCAAGCGGGUCCUGACGAGAUGGACUUCUCUUGAGGAAGGAUUUUAUAUGCAUCUUUGUGCGAGUACUAUAGCAGGCACGAUUAGUACCAUCAUGACUACUCCUAUUGAUAUGGUUAAAACGAGACUUAUGAUGCAAAGAGAAUCCAAAAGAGUCGGAAGCUAUAAAAGUGGGCUCCAUUGUGCAUACAAGGUUUUGCAAACAGAAGGUCCUCGGGGUUUAUACAAAGGGGGCUUUGCUAUUUUCGCAAGAUUGGGUCCCCAAACGAUGAUUACCUUCAUAGUCUGCGAGAAGCUACGUGAGCUUGCAGGUUUGAAGGCACUAUAA